AGGCCCACUUUUCCCAGCUUAGUUUAAUUCAACCCAUAAAAAAAUACCUGUAUUUCUUAGUGCAAAAUUUAACUAAGUACAUUUUAUGAAAAAAGAUUUAACUACAUUUUCAAUCAUUUCAAUGCUUACUUCAUUUCCGAAAAUUUAGUGCUCAUGCUUUUCUUCUUGGUCUGUUAAUUCUGCUCUUUAUGCCAUUCAACAAAAUCUUUGAAACUAAUCUACACAAGAAGAAGAAGCAGCAGAAAAUCCAAAGAUUAGGUUAAUUAAUUUCACAUUCUCAUUUAUUGUGCUCAUGCACAUAGCCACUGCCUGCAGCAGUUCAGUUAUUCGGGAUUGCUGAGAAGAUGGAGUCAAAGAUGGACCAUUAUGAGAUCAUGGAGCAGAUUGGGCGUGGAGCUUUUGGUGCAGCCAUUUUGGUUAAUCACAAGUUGGAAAGAAAAAAGUAUGUGCUGAAGAAGAUUCGAUUGGCUAGACAAACAGAACGUUGCAGGAGAUCAGCUCAUCAGGAGAUGGCCCUAAUUGCUCAGCUACAGCAUCCGUUCAUCGUCGAGUUCAAGGAAGCUUGGGUGGAGAAGGGUUGCUUUGUUUGCAUAGUUACUGGCUAUUGUGAAGGUGGUGACAUGGCUGAGCUUAUGAAGAAAGCCAAUGGGCACUACUUUCCUGAGGAGAAACUGUUGAAGUGGUUCACUCAGCUAUUGCUGGCAGUUGAGUAUCUUCAUUCUGGUUUUGUUCUCCAUCGGGACCUCAAAUGCUCCAACAUCUUCCUCACCAAAGAUCAAGAUAUUCGUCUAGGUGAUUUCGGGCUUGCUAAAACUUUGAAAGCAGAUGAUUUAGCUUCUUCAGUGGUUGGAACUCCAAAUUACAUGUGCCCCGAACUACUUGCUGAUAUUCCUUAUGGUUUGAAAUCUGAUAUAUGGUCCCUUGGUUGCUGCAUGUAUGAAAUGGCUGCUCAUCGUCGUGCAUUCAAGGCUUCUGAUAUGGCAGGCUUAAUAAGCAAGAUUAACCGAUCAGCCAUUGGCCCGUUGCCUCCUUGUUACUCCCCAUCCUUGAAAUCUCUCAUCAAGAGCAUGCUGCGCAAAAAUCCUGAACAUCGGUCGAGUGCGUCUGAGCUCUUGAUGAAGCACACUUUUCUGCAACCCUACAUCGAUGAGUACCGUCAAUCUUACACUGCUCCUACAAGACAUAUUUGUACUGCUAACGACAAUAGGAAGGGUAUGACUGAAAGCGAAAGCAGCAGCAGCAGCAGUUCUUGCAGCGACAGAGACAGCCUGAUGUCGAGUGAGAUUCAAGAGGAUGACCUUAUCAUUGCUGAAACUCGUUCCUACGGGCAGCUUCGGUUAAGAGAUGGUCUACAAGAAACUGAUUCGUCGCCUGCAAAUGCCAAGGAAGCUGAGAGGGACGACAUGCCAAAGCAGCCGAGGGUCAUCAAGAACAUUAUAAAGGCUCUGAAGGAAGGCAAAAGCAGAGAAAAUACUUCUCCCUUGAGAGACUGCCAUGCAAGAUCAAGUAGUGCAAGCUCUUCAAAGCCCCGGUCAUCUGUCAUGGAAACUCCACAAAAGACCAAAGUCAGACAUGAAGGAACCCCUUCUACUGCUCCUAUGAAGCUAGUUUCUGGUGAAGAACUCUCUUCCACACGAGCCCUCAAUAGAACUUCUUCAUUUCCUGCUCGGAUGAGACAGCUGGGACGCCACCCAGAUAAAGCUUCGGAUGGUGAUGAACAUGCCAAAUCAGUGCCUCGUACCUCACGAUUGCACUUUCGUGAAGAAAUCAUGCAGCAUUGUAGGAACUCUGCUGCAUCUAAUAGAAUGCAGAAAGAUGGUAGACAUGCAGCAUCUUCAGUCCCGGGAUUUGAGCUUGGUAAUGACGUAAGAACUCCUAGUAGCUCGUCAUCAUCUCCCUCGAAGAAACACCAUGAGACCUGCUGCAAAGCCAUGAACCAGCAAGCUACCGAGCUAGAUAUCAACGAGUCUAGACCGAGCUGCUCCACACCUUCCUCGUCACACUCUGAAAGAGCGUGUGACGGGGUUCAAGCAACAGCACGCUCCAUUGAUACUUUCCAUGAGAUUUUGGAGGAUGAAGAGAUGAGCUGUGCUUUACAUAUGGAGAUGAUCCCACCUUGUGGUGAUGAGGAAAUCCUCGUUUCACCGGUAACGGACGCCUCCUCCUCCUCCAUCACCAUAUGUCACGUUACAUCGGAUUCUUCCAGCUCAGCUCAACCAAACACAUCGGAGGAAGUAGUGGCAAAGGAGACCUUAGAUGUGAAAUCGUUUAGGCAACGGGCAGACGCGCUCGAGGGGCUGCUGGAGCUGUGUGCUGAUUUGCUUGAGCAGAGCAAGUUGGAAGAGCUUGCAGUAGUUUUGAAGCCUUUUGGGAAGGAAAAGGUUUCUCCCAGAGAUACAGCAAUGUGGUUGGCUAAAAGCCUUAAAGGGAUGAUGCUUGAAGAGAGUGGGAGGCUUGCAUGAAUUCUUUCAUAUUUUUUUUCUCUUCAUUUAUUUAUUUAUUAGCAAUGCAUUCACUUGUGUCACUGAUCGAAAACGGUUUGAAGUAGAGGAUCUCGUCUGUAUAUGAAAUAUAUAUUUAUCACUA